UUGGUUGUGUGGGGCUUCACACAAUGAAACCCCCAUUAAUUUUUUUUGUCUUUCCGUUUGUCCAUUUUCCCAAAUCACAGACAGACACUGAUUAUUAAUUAAGAACUGGAAAGUGGAACAACACAGCACAUAGAUAGAAACUUCAAAUUUGGUAAAAAGAAGUGGUUCUAGUGUUUGUACAUGUUAUCUUACCUCUGACUUUGCCUCAUCAUUCUCUUUUUCUCUUUCUUUUGCUUUCCCAUAAUCUCUCUCUCUGUCUCUCUGUAAUCUUAUCUCUUUUAUUUUGUCUCUCACCACCCCUUCAUAGUGGUGAAUUUUGAAGAAGUACUACAGCAGGUCUUGUUGUUCCUCAUGCUCUUCAAAGUAGCUUGUCACUGAACUAGCCUGCAGAAUUUUUUAAUAGUACAGUACUACGAAUGGGGGUUUGGGUAAUUCUCUCAUUCGAGGUCAGAGAGUCUCCUAAGAAGAGAAGAAAGGAAUUUUGUGCAUUUUUUCAUUCAAAGCUCUGUGAUGCUUUUAUGUUAAGCUAGCCAGAGUGAGGAAUUUGAUCCAUUCCAAUUGCUUACUACGAAAGAAGUUAGCUCAUAGCAGAUCCAUUAAACAUGAUGACUCCAAACUUGAACCUGGAACCUGAAGAUGAUUCAGAAGUCCACAGCCAAGAAGGUUCCAAUAUAUCCGUACAAGAAACAUCAUAUGAGCAUACCAAGGAAAGCACCACCACAUCUUCUUGUCUUACAAAGGCUGAUGUUGAUCCAGGUUCGGUUUCCCUUGACUUGACCCUCAACUUCAAUCUCAGUGAUGAAGAGUUGAAGGGUCCAAGUGAUACUAACAGAGAAGUGGGAGCUGAAGCUCAUGCUUCAGCAUCAGCAAUUCCUAGAGUUUUCUCUUGUAAUUAUUGUAGGCGGAAAUUCUUCAGCUCGCAGGCAUUGGGUGGCCACCAGAAUGCCCAUAAAAGGGAGAGGACAAUGGCAAAGCGCGCAAUGCGAAUGGGGAUGUUUACCGAAAAAUGCACAAGCCUAGCAUCUUUACCUCUUCAUGGCUCCACUUUUCGGUCUCUUGGACUUGAAGCUCAUGCUGCAAUGCACCAAGGACAUAUGUUGUCCUCUGUGAGGGCUCCUGAUAUGAGAGCUGCAGCAAGAUUUGAGAAACACUAUUUUGGAGCACCGAUCUUCGUGGAAGAUGAUGAAGUUGGUCUAUUUUGGCCAGGCAGUUUCCGGCAGAUAGAUGAAAGGAGUGGUGUUAAUUUGGGGCAUGAACAUGCUCAUAAUCCAAAUACUAGUUUUAUAGCUACUGCACCUCCAUCACAAACAUCUACAUCUCCUGAUCUCACUCUGAGACUUUAAUAUUUUCCAUCUUGAUUGAAUUCAAAUACUAGUUUUGUGGCAAUGGCUCCUAAUGCAAGAACAUCUACAUUUCAUUGUCACUGAAUCUUUGAGCUUUUUCAUCUGUAGUUUCAUUCUCUUCAGACUUGAAAUUAUUAAUUUAUGGUGCUUUCACUGUACAGUGAAACAUGUAUUUGCAAUGGCAUACUGAGCUUAUUUGAAUUUU